AUGUCCUACAAUAAUUUGGUGCUAAUAGGUAAUUGGAGUGAAGAGCGAUUGAAAAAUGAGUAUGAAUUCAAAUUAUUUCUCCGUAAGCGUGAUAGACAUGAGUUACUCUUACAAAGAUCAAGAACGCUGUUCAGUAAUCUCCUGAAAGAGAGACCGCUUGAAAUAAGCGGAAUGUUUGUUCUUUUUGGAUAUAAUGUUCAAUUAGUUGCAUCAGAUAUGCCAGUCUUCUUUUCGUCCACAGCCAAAUCGGUCACCGCUAGUGGAAGCCCACAGUAUGGGCUGGCCUUGUCAAGCCUCGUGUCUGCUAGGCAGGUGGACUACAUGCAGAAUAUCAACGAUGGGUGCCUCAUGACCCUCUCGCCGAUUACCACUCCUUGUUGCCGAAACACGUUUGUAAUUUUGAGCACAAAGGAGGAAUCAAUACAUGGAGAAAAAAUGAACUACGGUGAUGAGUUUUUGCUUCGAGCUGUUAACUAUGGUGAUCCGGAUGCAGCGCCACUAUACGUGAGGUACACGCCGGAUCCCACCCCAGGUCCGGCAGACAGCAUGCCGAUCCGGCUGAGUGCCGCCAAGGACAGUAACUGUCGCUGGACUACAAUGCCUUUGCUGCCUGGCGAUCGACUCGAAGGAUUAGGCAGUCCAGUAAAGACCGGUGCUCGGCUUAUUGUGAAAAAUUGUGUUGCUGACAAAAGUCUGUGUGUCAUGAAUCAGAGCUGGAUGCAAACUUUUUUUGGUCCCUAUAAGCUUAACAAGUUUCUGGAACAAAUGAAAAAGGGGGAUUUGAUGUUGGCGCGGUAUCGCAAGAUGUCUGAGAAUCUGAACAAGCCGACAGUGUUGACUCAGUCAGCUAGUACUAUUGCUUUUGGAGAUAAGAUCUGUUUAUUGGCUCCUCACGUGCCAGCCACAGACCCACCAGUCGAGGGCAAGAAUGGUCUUCUUCUUGGUGGUCGUAUUUCUUCAAAUGACAUAACUUACUCCCAAGAGCUGGAGGAUGGAUGUUCAGUGGUGGGUCUGUCAGCCCUAACACCUGCUGAGAAAAGUACAUUCGUCAUCACUAGCGCUGAUUAUUGUAAACGCGAUGGCGAGCCCUUGAAAUACAAUCAAGAGUUUUUGCUAACCUUAUCUUCGUCUCUGAAUAAAGAGGUAAGGCCUUUGUACGUGAGGUAUGACCCAAACCCGAUCCCUGGUCUCUGCGGCAUAUACCCGCUGUACCUCAGCAAACAUUACGUGUCUAACACUCGCUGGAGGAUAUUGCCCUGCCAGUCGCCCAACAUCACACGCUUCGAGCAGGAGGGCAAUCCUGUCCAGGUUAACACAGACGUCGUGAUAAAUCAUUGUGCGACGAAUGUUAAUUUAGGAAUAAAUGUUGGUUGCUGGGCAAUGGGAUUCUAUGGAAAAAUUUGCACACUUUUGAUGAAGACGUGUUUGGAUGUUUACGGAAGGGAACUGCCGAAUAAUAUUUGGCAAAUUUACAUCCCAAUACCUGAAAGUUAA